AUGUCGUUUGUUGCAGGCGCCGUCGCACCUGCCUUGUUGAGUGCCGUGAUGGUGGCCUUAGCUCAUGCUGCCCCAGCCUCACUCAACGCAACCCUUCAACACUUUAAUGAACCGGUGCCCGAAGGCUAUGCAGCGAUCGUGCCCAAUGAGAGGCUCAACGCAAACUCAUACACGCCUUACGGAAGGAACCAAAAGGUGUCGGACGAAGGUAAAUAUAUUUUUCAGGUUUUUCCCGGUACAAGAGUGCCGGUGUCGUCUCUUGUUUGCGUUUUAAUACCGUUCGCGUUUCUACUCUUUGUCUCAGCCUCAUAUAUAAUCGCAAGGAUUUUCUGGAGCCCUAUGUUUAGCUCCAUCAACAGCACGCUCUCAGACCGUGAAAAGGCAUUCCAGAAUGUGCGUCUUGUUGGUAUCAGAGAUGAAGAAAAGGACGAUGAGAAGGCCAUUUCCACGCCAGAACAUGUUAGUGAACCAAUGACUAUGUCAUCGCAAAACAGCAAGGACACAGAAAUUUGCAAGCAAGGCUUGUCGUCUGAGGUGCCGGCGUCAGAACCUGCGCGUGAGUCAUCGAAGAGCAAGGGCAAAGAUGCGAAUGAGAUCUCAGGUCCUAUUGUUCCUGUGCUUCGGAAUGACGACCUGCUUGACGAUGAAAGUAUUGUCUCUGAUGCAGAGGAUUCGGAAGACCAUCCUGAAGACUACGCUGACGAGCUCUCUCACUUUAACUUGCAAAAUCAACAAGCGGCUGCAGAUGCGGCUCCAUCUUAUGAAGCUGCGAAUCAGCCUCAUCCGAGUCAGGAAACCCCGUCGGCUGUGGUUGAGCCAACUGCUAACCCUGUUCUCACUGAAGAUAAGGUCCAGCAUCAGCCUAUGGAGGCCUCUCCACUGCCAAAUGAUGCACCGAAACCCGAGCCUGCUAUUAUGGGAAGUGCUUGUCUCCCUGGUGAUACAGAUAUGCAGGCUUCUCGGCACGGUGCAUAUUCGGGUGCUGCAGAGCAAAGCGAACAAAAUUCGAUGUUGCCUUGA